UGACGAAGGUGCAAAGCGAAGUGUGGCUGGGUUACAAGCAGUUGAUGGAUCGCAGUCACGCAGUGCCAGUGCUUGGAGAAGCUCCAAUCUGGGCCAAACCGCGCCUAACCAGAAGUUGCGCGUCUGCCAUUGCCUGGCUCCCUACGAUUUUGUAGUAAAGGGCCAUCAUCAACCAAGUCGACCACCACCACACACUCGCGAGUUGCUUCCAACCUUCUCACCUUCUUCUGCUUCCUAGUUCACAUCGUCAAGAUGUUCAGAAACAACUACGACAACGAUUCUGUUACAUUUUCGCCGCAAGGACGGAUAUUUCAGGUGGAAUAUGCCCAAGAGGCCGUCAAGCAAGGAUCGGUAGUGGUUGGAGUGGUCAGUAAGAAGCAUGUUGUCCUGACAGCAGUCAAGAGAAACGCCGAAGAACUGUCCUCAUACCAGAAAAAGAUCGUCGGUGUCGAUGACCACCUCGGAGUCGCGCUUGCAGGUCUUGCGUCCGAUGCCCGUGUCCUAUCGAAUUUUAUGAAGCAGCAAUCGCUUUCCUCCAAGAUGACCUAUGGACGACCUAUACCAGUUGAACGCAUCGUCAAUAUGAUCGGUGAUCGUGCCCAGACAAACACACAACACUACGGCAAGAGACCGUAUGGCGUUGGACUGUUAGUUGCCGGCGUCGAUGAAUUGGGGCCACAUCUAUUCGAGUUCUCGCCGUCAGGACUCACUCAAGAGAUGCUGGCGUGUGCUAUUGGUGCCCGAAGUCAGAUGGCUCGCACGUAUCUUGAGCGACAUUUGGAGAAGUUCGCAGACUGCAGUCGGGAGGAACUGAUCAAGCAUGCCCUGCUGGCCUUGAAGGAGAGUCUGGCACAAGAUAAAGAGUUGACUGUCGACAACACGAGUCUGGCUGUUAUUGGGGUGGGCGAAAAGGACGGCCGCAAGAAGGUGGAGCAUUUUAAAUUGUAUGACGGACAAGAUAUCGCACCUCUUCUUGAGGCCAGCCUGGAAUCAACAUCGACCGAGGAGGCGGGCGGCGAGGCUAUGGAGACAGAUUCAUAGGGGGCUACGGAUCCGGGUGCGUGGUGCACGGCGUUUGGAGCGCAAUGGCUGCCGCAAUGGCACGGUCGAGACGUUCUAUGGGAUGGCAAUGAAGAGUCAAAAUCAUCCUGCUCAUGGUGCCAUCCGAUUUCUUCCUUCUGACCUUCUUUGCUAUUCGUGGUCUUUUGCUCUAUUUGGUCCAGUCCAGCUUAUAUCUACCAGGGGCCAGCUUGUAGUCCCUCAAAGCGUCCACGACGUCGUCCGCGCUGUUGACUUCGACCAGAAUGCUGGCCGCUCCUUCGCCAACGAAGCCUUCUCUAAUACUCUUCUUGACCCAGUCUAGCAAACCAGUCCAGUAACCGUCAAUGUUGACCAGGACAAUGGGAAGCGUAUGUAUGCCCAGUUGAUUCCAAGUGAC